UUCUUGUUCAUGUUGUUGCAGAUGUUCAACGUCGCGGGCUUGAUCAGUAUUAUCCUCUUCUACCUGCUCAUUCUUGCCGUCGGCUUCUGGGCCGCGCGCAAGAAGGAGGCGGGCAAUGACUCGGAGGAGGAGGUGAUGCUGGCGGGCAGGAGCAUUGGGCUCUUCGUCGGCAUUUUCACCAUGACAGCCACCUGGGUGGGCGGCGGCUACAUCAACGGCACGGCCGAGGCCAUCUACAGCAGCGGCCUGGUGUGGUGCCAGGCGCCAUUCGGCUACGCGCUCAGCCUCGUCUUCGGCGGGCUGUUCUUCGCCAACCAGAUGCGCGCGCAGGGCUACGUCACCAUGCUGGACCCGCUGCAGGACUCCUUCGGCUCGCGGAUGGGCGGGCUGCUGUUUCUGCCUGCGCUGUGCGGGGAGGUGUUCUGGGCGGCGGGCAUCCUGGCCGCGCUGGGCGCCACGCUGUCUGUCAUCAUCGACAUGGAGCAGUCCACGUCCGUGAUCCUGUCCGCCUGCAUCGCCGUGCUGUACACGCUGUUCGGCGGGCUGUACAGCGUGGCCUACACCGACGUCAUCCAGCUCUUCUGCAUCUUCAUCGGGCUGUGGAUGUGCAUUCCGUUCGCCAUGAUGAACCCGCUGGUGGGCUCGCUGAAGGACGUCGAGCACGACUGGAUCGGGCACGUUGACGGCAAGGACAUCCCCUCCUACAUCGACUACGGGCUGCUGCUCAUCUUCGGCGGCAUCCCUUGGCAGGUGUACUUCCAGCGUGUGCUCUCCAGCAAGACGGCCUCCCGGGCGCAGGUGCUGUCCUACGUGGCGGCCAUCGGCUGCUUCUUCAUGGCCAUCCCGCCCGUCAUGAUCGGUGCCAUCGCCAAGGCCACGCCCUGGAAUGAGACGGGGUACAAGGGACCAUGGCCCCUCACGGAGACCGAGACAGCCAUGAUCCUGCCCAUGGUGCUCCAGUACCUGACGCCCGACUUCGUGUCCUUCUUCGGCUUGGGCGCGGUCUCAGCCGCCGUCAUGUCGUCGGCCGACUCGUCCGUCCUGUCGGCCAGCUCCAUGUUCGCCAGGAACGUUUACAAGCUCAUCUUUAGGCAGCGGGCGUCAGAGAUGGAGAUCAUCUGGGUGAUGCGAAUAGGCAUCGGCGUGGUGGGCAUCAUGGCCACCGUCAUGGCGCUCACCAUCCCCUCGAUCUACGGACUCUGGUCCAUGUGCUCCGACCUGGUGUACGUGAUCCUGUUCCCGCAACUUCUCAUGGUGGUGCACUUCCCGCACCACUGCAACACCUACGGCUCCUUGGUCGCUUACAUCGUCGCGUUACUGGUGCGCCUGUCGGGCGGGGAGCCCAUCAUGGGCUUCCCCGCGCUCAUCCACUUCCCUGGCUACGACGCCGCAGCGAACAAGCAGCUCUUCCCCUUCCGCACCCUGGCUAUGCUCUUGUCUCUGCUCACCCUGUACGCCGUCACCAGGCUAUCAAAGUGGCUCUUCGAGGAGGGCCGGCUGGCACCGGGCUACGACCUGUUCAAGUGCGUGGUGAACAUCCCCGAGGACCGGCUGGGCGUCGGGGAGCCGCUGGAGGGCGAGAUGGCCAUGAUGACGUCCGGCGCGAUGGGCCAGCUGUACGGCGCGGCCACCAUGGUCGGCCCGGACGAGCGCAACGGCCGCUUCAACCCGGCCCUGGAGAUAGACGACGACGCAGACGCCACCGAGCUGGAGCAGAUGAGGAAGGGGUCCCGGGGCGGCGGCGGCAGGGCGAGUGUCCCCGGCGUCGUGCCCUCGGCGGCCGGCGUGCCGACGGCGGCCGGCAGGCGCGGGGACACCGCAUUUUAGAGCGGGACGACGGAGGCGCGGCUCGAGCCCAGUGUUUAGUGCGCGGCUCUCGAGGAACGGUAACGGUUACCUCGCCUCCUGGGGGCGUUACUUCUAAGGGAGGGAUAAUUUAUAAAAGUACAAAAAAUGUUGUCUGUCACGGGGCUUGAAGCUUAUGUUGGAACGCAUUUCGUGCUCAAUCUGUGUAAUACGUAUAGUAGAAUUCCAUAGCAUAUAUUGUGUUUCCAUUUCUUGUGUUUGACCGCCGCGAUAAAAAUGAUAUUAACUUGGAUUCUGUGUUGAAAAUUGAAAAGAAAUCAGCGCCGAUACAGCAGCUGUUUUCUUCAAAAAAGAUUUCAAUAAUGCGGGAUUUAGUCGUUAAAGCAAUUAACAGUUUGGAAUUUAACAAUUUAUCUUUGAGAAAAUUUCGCGUUUUAACUAAAAAACUUCUCGGCAAUAAUACCAUGACCAAGACUAGACUGUGUUUCAAAUACUUUUAAUGUUUCCCCGCAUUUCGAUCUCUCAAAGAAAUCCAGUUACCUCUAUCAACAAAACUCAUUGAUUAGUUAAAACAUUUUCAAAACCUUUCAUGUUUUCCAAUUUUUGUUGUCGAGUAGUUUUUUAGUGCCAUUCCUCGACUCGGAAAGAGCGAAAGUGGAGUCUUUAAAAAGUAUUAGGCCGAGAUAAGAAUGCUUAAAUUGUGUUUUAGGCAUUGAAGCAAGAGUAAAUUGAUUUAGUUGCUUCAAAAUAAUGUGAUGUGUUAGCUAUAAACAACCCGCUUUGAUUCGGAGGACGCUAGAACUUCCAUUCGCGGACUUCGUUGAAGCGUCAGGACGAUGAUUCGCAAAAUGUUAGCACUGACCCUAACCACGUUAACUAGGAUAUAAGGCUGAAAUAGCUUAUUGAUGUGUAGGGGGUGUGUAGGGUAGAAAACCUCACGUCUACCUAGAAACGUACAUAUUUUUAUGUCUGAUAGAUUAAAGAAAAUGAGAGGAUCAUUUAUAUGAAAUAUAUCAGGACACUAUAUAAUCUAUUUCGAAAAAAUAAUGAAAAAUAUGAGGCUGGCUCGUUCAAAAUAAAUAAAAACUGAUUUUAGGACAACAUGCAAAAUGAGCGUGCAAACAAGGGCGGUCAAGUCAGGUGCGGCGGCCUGGUGUCGAAUGAGUUGCCUAUGCAGCAGCUUGCAGGCGCUCCCCAGCUCCCAGCAGGCACGCGCUCAGCCAGCCCGGCGCUACACGAGGGUAGUGUUACUAACGGCCUGAGUCCAAAUAGCGGCGCUACAGACUAUUCAGAAAGUAAAAAAAAAGUGCUGUGGGUAAAGUUUGAUCGACUUGUUGAAUAUAUGUUCUCUGAAGGCUACGCAUCGUGUCGUGUUUAUUUUGGUAUGCAAUUGUAAAUAGGUAGACAUAUCUACCGGCUCCUCUGGCCCAGGAUUCGACUGUGACACGUGUGCUUCCUGCCGUUAGAUUCCAGAGAGGCCGUUAGAUAUGUAAUGAACGUAUGGAAUUCUGAAUAUUUCCCUUACGGGAGAUUUAGAAUCCUUGCAUGAAAUGACGGGAUACAGGUCACAUACCACGAAGUAAGGCUGUGUUUUUCACUUGUUUGCGCCAUGUUUGCAUAAACUAAGAUUUAUUGUUCUAAAUUGAGUGAUAAUUUUCAAAGAUAGAGGUUGACUCGUUGAUCGAGUGUAGUUUAUUCUGUUGUUGGUCUGUAUUUUUGUUUAAAUGCGUGCGUUGUUAUGGAAAUUAGAGUAUUUAUGCAAUAUUUUAAUUCUAUGUGUGAAAUUAUCAAAGAUACACUAAAGUAUAGAACAGAAAUUGUAAAUACAGCGCGAAUUUUGUUACUGGUACAGUGUAAAGGCCCUUUCUCUGCCGCCCAAAUUAUACUAUCAUCUUGUCUCUCUGAAGAGCACGAUGUAUUCUAUUUCUCAGUAUUAAAUGUGGUCUAUAGAAAUAUGGAUGGACGUAGUAAUGCUUCGGAAUUGCUAUAAAGCUCACCCUAUGAAAUGGCCAUGCCAAACACUCACUUCCUCUUUAGGGCUGGCAGACAAAAGAAGAGUUCCUCUUACUGUUGUUUCCGGGAGGGGUGUGAUGGUCUAAAGUCCAAAACGCCAACUUAAAUCACCCCCGUUUGGCUCGGCUCCACUCGGCCCACCCUUAGGGAUCACCCAGAAAGUGCGUUCGUCAUUUACCGUUACAAAAUUGCGAAUAACAGACGAAUAAAGCCCCCAUAGCGCCUGAUUGGUAGGCAACAUCUUGUCUGCAACGCACGUAUGUACUGCAGGGUGGCCUAGUCUGCGUCUCGCAGGCGCCGAGCUCCCGUAAUUUGCCGAAUGGAUCAGAUAAAGAAAAAGACGUACUUUCUGGACGAUUUCUAGGCGGCGGAGCGCAGCUGCACGCGAGCGACAGACGCUCCUCAUUCUCAUUACUUUAUUUAUGGUGGACGUCUGCGUUACAGAUAUGCAGGCAUGUGCGAAGGGGUAGUUCAUCAAAGCACUGCCAUGCCGGUGUUACGAAAGAUAAAUACCCUAUCUUUGUUCAAUAUUUUGUCUCUCAUCGCCGUAUCUGUAGACUGUACUAAUUCUCCCGUCUUGUUACAUUUGCGCGUAUCGUACAAAGUUCGACUAUAUUAACGUUUCAUGGCUUGGCCGUUUGUCUUUAUGAUACCGUAUCGGAAAAAGUGUGCAUCGUGUGCAUCAAGCAACGUCUCGCGUCCCUUGCUCUCAUGAUUCCGCUUGGAACGUUUAAUUGCAUGUAAGUGUAGAAGGUUGUGCUUGGCACGAUUCAAGUAACUUGAGAGACAGUUAUUAAUUACAACGAUUUACCGUGAAUUCACAGGUCACCAGUAUGUUUCGUGCUCUAACAAUUGAGUUGAAGCCGGUGCCUGUUAAAAACUUCAUAACUUGGAAUUCAAUAGGAUGAAUAAUUGCCCGACACCGACCAUGACUUGUGGUAUCGCCCAUAAUCGCCUAUUGCGGCCUAAUAUAAGUAAGAAUCGAAAAAAAAAAUGGCAAAUCCAGAAUUUUGGGGGCGAGCAUAAGAAAUUUCUCCCUCUAAUUAAGAGAACUUGUUAAAAAUACCCAUCUAACAUUUUAGAAUAAUUGUUGGUAGCGUAUUUUCGCGAGCUUAAGCAGUAUCUACAGAAAUAUGGUUCGGUAAGUUCUGAGUUUCCGCAAACGGAGGGGAAAUAAGCUUUGUGAAAAACAAAAAUAUUGGGUUCAAAGAACGCACAUAUCGCCUGGUAACUGUACCUUGUUAAAGUAAAUCGUCAUCACAUCCACCCCCUUAUGAAUAUUGUGUAGUUGUGUCCAUGUAUGUACAUGGGAAGAACUAUCAUCUAGGCAUCAUGGUUCACAAAUUAAAUUGUGUGAUAUAUUUAAAAUGCUUUGUAAAACGCGACUUCUAGUGAAAAUACCGGUCCAUAUACUUACAUAUCCUUAAAAAGACAUAUCAUGCUUAUUGAUCUGCGAAGUGAGAUUUGUUUUGAACUUCACGAUAGUAACAACACUGCUGACCGAUCGAGUAAUAAACAUAUGUAAGUAUUUAGUUGUACAUCUAACUUCUACGUGUAUGUUUCAUAUAUGUGGCAACAUUACGUGAAAUGACUCUCUCGUUUCAAUUUUCUGUAAGAUCUGUAUCGUUGGAAAUUGUUAUAUUUGUGUAUUUCUGUGUAUAUUUAUGUAAAUGAAAAUUAACUCGUAAUAGACAUUGUGAAUCGGGUAAAAUAUAAAACUCGUUGCAAUAAAAACAAAAUGAAUAGUUUUAUGACUAGCCUGUGGGGAGUCAUUGUACAAUAAAGUUCAAAAUCAUGGUCUGAGA